AUGUCGGCCUCGUCGCGCAGCCAGAGCUCCUCCCCCGAUAUUCUGGGUCCUCCAGGCGAUGCCCAAUACUUGAUCUCAUCGCCCAUUAAACCUUUCGCAGGGCGCCAAAGCUGGAUGUCUCCUAUAGUAGCCAAAUCACGAACUCCGGCCAAGCGACCGCGACCGCGCGUCAGCCUCAGUCCCGCGAAAAGCGCGCAUUCCGUUCAAUUCAACGAUGUCAUACUCCCGGGGUCGCCAACAAUGAGGUUCAAUGGUGGUAGGCAGAAGUCGCUCUCGCCGGAGAAGGUUCAGGAGGGAAAUGUUAGCCCGUGGCGCAUCCGACUCACGCUCGAAGCGACACAAGAUGAAGAUGAUGAGAACCGGGCUAGCCCGUCGCGCAAACGAUUAAAACCCUCGACCACGACAAUGAUGAUACCAUUAAAGGAUGAGAGGAGCCCAUUGAAGGAGAAAACGCCCUUGAAGCGGCGAGGGCGUCCACGAAAGUCUGAUAUGAAUGUGUCCCCGUUUCUCGCGGGCGCUGGGCAUACACCUGGGCCGGGCCAUACUCCUGGGAUACAAGUUGGCUCUCAGCCACGCAGAAGAGGCCGACCACGGAGCACGCCCAAACCCAAACCACAGGAUUUUCAGCUGCUGGAUGAUCAGGCAACGCCGACUGUCGAAUAUGAACAUCCUUUUAGUCCGAUGGAAAUAAUCCCCAAUAGUGAUUCCCGUCAAGCACAGCAAUCCAGCCCAGUGACCACCAUCAACAAUGAAGCAGGUCAAGGCCAACGUGAAUACAGUCCCAUGGAUACUAUGCCUAGUGAGACUGAUCUCGGCCACCAACGAUUCAGCCCCGCGGAUGCUCUCGCCAGCAACACUGGCCAAGGCCAACAUCAAUUCAGUCCGACGGACUCUUUCGCCGGGAAGCUUCCUGACCCAACUGAGCCGGUCAUGGAAGAUCUGGGCAAUCUUCGCCGUGAAUACGGCCGAACGAGUUUGGAGACGCCUGUCAUCGGAGCUACGGAACAUCACUUUUUAGAUGAUGAAAACAUCCACUCUACCCCUUCAAAAAUGCCAUCACCUACACGCGAGAGAGCAAUCUUGUCAUCGCGAGCCUCUUCUCACAAUACCGCCAGCCCACAAUCGCGCACAUAUCCGACGCCGACCCCCACGUCUUCGCUGGCCGAUGAAGAAAAUCAGACCCAACAAGCCGACGUGAAUCACCCCCCAAGGGCAGAACCCCAUCAUGCUGAAGCUGGUCCCGUUGAAGAUCCCGCAGACGAGUACGAAGAAUUCGACACUAUCAUGGAAAGUGAAGGGUUCACUAUGAUCUCACUUGAUACACUCCCAUCAGCCAAGCAGCAUGGAUUCGGUUCCAGUGCUGUGGCGAACGGUGAUCCCAAACCGAAGGAAGUCGGAGACCGGUUGAAACGCAAACUUCCUGGGACGAUCGAAGACCUCCGAGGUGAUUCUCGCACUCAAAAGUCAUCCAGUCCAGUCACUACGACCCUACGCCCUGGGUUAUACGAAAAUCCUAGCAUUGAUAUUCCGGAGAAGCACUCUGCACAUGCGACUGAGCCGCAAUCUGUGAACUACAUGAAUGAGAUUGCCUACCCUGAACUCCCUGCCACAUCGUCUCCCACUAAACCAACAAUUGUUCCAAAGAAAAGGACGUUGACCAGCUUGGCCAGACUUGUUCGUCUUAGCUUGGCCCUGCAAGGUCCCUUUAGGCCUCAAGAAGACGAGUGGUCGGGUAAGAGCAAUGCUCGUCACAAAAGACGUCGGUUGGAGAGUGUCUUCAGCACGUUCAACGCCGAGACCCAGCGAGAACUCCGGGCUGCUAUGGGGCUAGGGCAGGAGCUUGCUAUGCGUCGAAUGCUCGCUGAGGAAGAUGAGGCUGCGGCCAUAGCAGCAGAUCAUGAAGCAUCUCGUCUCCAGGAGGAACGUCUCCAGGAGGAACAAGAAGAACAAGAAGCACGUCACUAUAAUGACUUCAACGACGAAGAAUCAGAAGAGCAGGAGCAUGAUCAACCCUGUGAGGACGAGAUCGAGAGGCAAGAUGGAUACACCCAACCUUCACAUCUCGGACCUAACAACUCCCUACGACGAAGCCCGAUGUCCCACCAAAGAACACAUCGGGAACGUGAUCAAUCAUUCGAAGACGAGAUCGAGAGGCAAGAAGCAUACACCCGACCUUUACAUUCCAAAUUCAAGACCUCCCUGCAGCAAAGCCCAAUGCCCCACCAAAAGACGCGCCGGGAACAUGACGAAACAUUCGAAGAUGUGACCGGGACGCAAGAAAUAUACAAUCGACCGUCACAUCCCAAACUCAAUACCUCCCUGCAGCAAAGCCCAGUGUCCCACCAAAAGGCACAGCAGGAGGCACGAUGGCAGCUUGAACGAGAAUCAGUCAGCCGCCAGGCUCAGAUGGCUUCAAACUCACGGUCGGUCGUUUACAUCGAUAGCGAUGAAAAUGUGGCGGAAGAUGAUGCGGACAUCGGAUUUGAAUAUGAACGGCGAUUUGAACCUCAGACCGGAAAUGGGUUCGAUGAAGAGCCCAACGAUUCCGCGCCUGGGCCUGUACCAGAACCAGCAGAUGUGCCCCAAGAUGUUGAACCCGAGCCCGAACCCCUAGAAGAUGAGGAUGAUGGUUAUGAUGAUAUUUGGCAACUUGAAGCCAACGACCACAGCCAUAUUUCACAACACUCUAAAGACGAUGGUAUUCAAUCUCAUCCGCAGCCACUUGCACGUCCUUUGGGCAACCUUCCGGUUUCUGCAGAUCAAGACCACCUGAGCUCAUCACCUUACGCUCCUUCAGAGCAUGAUUAUGUAGCGCGCUUUGGGCCGUCUAAAGUUCGCGAGCUCCGUGAACAAAAAGUCGAUCUGUCUGCUUUGCUUGCAGAAGAGGAUACACCAAACCGCGCACGUUAUUACAAUGGAACGAGUACGCCUCGGAGUUUACUCGCCCGCCCAUCAGAGACACAGAAUUCCCCAGUCAAUGACUCUGUGAUGAAGGGCCCCGUGUCGCGCACGCCAGCGCGUAUUCGUUUACAACCUCUCUCCCAGUCCAGCCCUGAUACUCCCAACCCACGGGUCCUCGGUCCACAAAACGCGUUCCUCAAUGGCAAGGCAUCACCGAAGGUUGUACAAAGAAGCCCGCCUAUGGAAGAACCAUUGGAAGAAGACCAUGGCAACAUCAGCGUUUCCAAUGCGGCUCUCAGUCAAUCGGAAUCACCCAACGUAAAUUCUGCAUCCACCCCACAAUAUCGUCAGCUUAAUAGGCAGGAGCCAACAUCAUCCUGGUUCAGUAAAAUAACUAGCUUCACCCCGCAAUGGCUGAAGGCUCCCAACCGUGACCGAAGCUCAAGUGUCAGUACUAUCCCGGAGGAAGCGUCUGACUUGGAAGAUGAAGAGGAAAUGGCCAGCAUUGAAUCUGCGAAGGAGCUUGACGGACACCUCCAGGAUGAGCCGCUCUCAAAGCAAGCAAGCCAAUCACCCGCGAGCCAUUGGAGACAGCCAUCGCCAUCUCAGUCUCCCCAGAUCCAGCAAGAUCCUUUCCCCACAACGGAAGAAGAGGAUGACCCAAUACACGAGAGAGGCGUUUCUAGAGACCUCUCGGAAGAAAAGGAUGUGCCGGUCUCUGAGCGGAGUGUCUCGCAAGAUCCCUUGGAGAACGGGGAUGCAGAACCGGUGAACCACCAGGAUGAGGCGUCUCCAGGCCCACGACCACUUGCUGUCUUCGGAUACUUCUCCGACGAGCAUUACGCUGCGCUUCGUCGUAUCUACCGAGUUGCCAAGCGAUACCCCGAGCGCUUUGAAUACUACGAUGCUCCAGGGCGGGCUGCCAUCAUCGGUGAUUGGAUAUGGACCUCCGAUGGUCAUCACGGGGUACCCAUCACAGAGAUCCAGUUUGCCAUCAUCGAUCGCUUUGCCCACGAGCUUGCUCGGGCUGACAUGCAAUAUGGUGGCAGCGGACAGAUCGAUUGGACAGAAGCUGAUCUGCAUCGGAGACUCAUCAGCAUCAUUAUUGGCGAGCAGAUCCGAGAGGAACGAAAGGCCAAGGCCAACCGG